GUAAUUUAAGAAGUUCGUGGUGAUGUAAACAAAGGUAAUCACCCAAGUUAAGCUUCUUACUGGUUGCUCCAUCAAAUGGGAACCAUACUUGCUUCUAGAAAAUAAUAGCGAUAAAAUAUUAUUUGAUUUCAUGAUGAAACGUUCGUACUUUGAAGCGAUAGGACCGGGAUACUCGAUGAUAAAAUGACACCAUCGCGUGGUAAAAUAUUAUCACGUCGAAAUAUAGUUCCCAGUAUCUUGAAUCUGAAUUGAAAGUGAAAUCCGCACUGCGUUCGUUGGCGUGCGUCCAGCCGAACAGCUGAUAAAAGGUUGCUGGGGAGCCCAGAAUCGAAAGCAAGAGAUCCGAGUCUGGUGCAGGAUGCGUCGUCUGGUGGCUCUCGCUGCUCUUCUUUUUCAAGUUUCCCACUCAGAGAUCCGGAGCUGUGGAAACACAAGUGGAUACUACGGUGAAGACACAAAGCUGCAGUGUGCGCUCAACGGUGUUCAAGGUGUGCAGCAAGUAAUAUGGCAGCUGACCUUGCCGAAUAAGAUGCAACAGGAUGUGGCGUCCUACAAUGAGAAGUAUGGAAAGAUGGUCAACAAAGAAUUCCAACACAAGGUCAUCUUCUCAGAGGCUUCUCUCAGCGCUCCGUCGAUCACUGUGAAGAACCUCACCUGGAGUGAUGAGAGCUGCUAUGUUUGCUGGUUUAACACCUUUCCUGACGGCUCGGUGAAAUGCCAGAUCUGUCUGUCUGUGAAAGGAAUAUCUGAUGUCCAAACGGGAUCUCACGCUAUUGCCGUCGCUCAGAGCACGAUGGUGUUUUUCACCUGCUCUGCAACAGGUAGACCAGCUCCGCAUAUCGAGUGGGAGGUGUCCCCCGAUAAGGGUCCAGCAGGGGAACCCCAAAACACUACACAGACCAAUGGUGACCGCACCUGGACCAGUGUCAGCAACAUCACCCUGGAUUUGCCUCUUGACUGGACUGGUCAUGUGGUAUGCGUGGUGAACCGUGGAGAGAAAGACGAGCAAAGAAAAAGAAUUCCUCUCCCUGUCUUGGACAGUCACAGAGAGCAAAAUGAUGCCGAAGAGAAGGACAACCAAGGUGAACGACACAGGGUUGGAAUUAUUCUCGCUGCAGCCAUUCUCGCUACAGUUGCAGUUGCUGGAGCUGUACAAAUAUGGAGGAGAGGACACAGCAGAGGGGAUGUGAAGCGGGAAAAAACAAACGCAGUGUAGAAUCAGGAGACAAAUCGUACAGCGCUAAAUUUGAUUUCAUAAAACUGAACAGUGAUAGGUGGAUGAGGUUUCAUGACACGGUGUGAUUUUGAAGAGGCCACCAGAUGGCGCUGUCUGCUGUGAAACGUUUAAAAUGACGUCUUGACGUUUCUCAACCAAGACACCGUCUCGCGUCUAGGAUGCAGUUUCUUGAAACCUCAUCAACCCUUCAAUACUGUUGGGCUCAGUAACUACUUUAGCUAACUGUUCACAAUCAGACACUACAUUAACGUGUAUUUAUUAUUUAUUCUUACUCUGUAACAUAUAAAGACAGAUUAAUAUAAUUAAAAGCUUCCAUAUGUAGCAAACCCUUUUGAAUAUGUGAAAACGAAAAUAGAUAAAUACUUUAUUAAUCUCUGAAGAGAAAUUCCCAUAUUCUCUUCGGAGAUUAAUAAAGUAUCUGUCUAUCUGUCUGUCUGUCUGUCCAUCUAUCUAUCUAUCUAUCUGUCUGUCCAUCUAUCUAUCUAUCUAUCUAUCUAUCUAUCUAUCUAUCUAUCUAUCUAUCUAUCUAUCUAUCUAUCUAUCUAUCUGUCUGUCUGUCCAUCUAUCUAUCUAUCUAUCUGUCUGUCCAUCUAUCUAUCUAUCUAUCUAUCUAUCUAUCUAUCUAUCUGUCUGUCUGUCUGUCCAUCUAUCUAUCUAUCUAUCUAUCUAUCUAUCUAUCUAUCUGUCUGUCUGUCUGUCCAUCUAUCUAUCUGUCUAUCUAUCUAUCUAUUUUCAAAAAUGUCUCCAAUAAUGGGUGGGCAACGUGAGAAAUCUAUAUCAUCAACUAAUGUAUUUAUUUAUUUAUUUGAAAUAACUUUCAAUUUCAUCACAAUCUGUUUUGCAUGAUUUUAUUCUGUCUGGGGGGAUUUCGAGGAAAUCUCCACAGGCUUUGCCUCAGCUUGCUUCAUCACUACAAUCCCACUUUCUCUCCACAUGUUAGAUUCGAUUAGUGUGGUAUAUUGGAUUGAGUACUUGGUGCUCGACUAUAUUCCACGGUCAGUAUUGAGGAGCUGUGUGUAUAUAUGCGUAACAAUAAAGACGAGCUGGCUUGCACGAUUGGCUCUGCUCUGAGUGUGUUGAAGAACUGCUCACCAAUGAACCAGAACUCAGAACCUCAGAUGGCUCUCUCCUGCUCGCACCAAUGCUGAGACUUAAAGUGUCACCAACAUCAACCAAUACAGCAGAAGAAACACUGGGUUUUCAAUCUGUGUAUACAAAAAGAAUCGUUCUCAGGAGUGGGUCAAACGGCGACAUCUUGUGACGUCACUGUGUGACGUCACUGGAGGGACCAAACACCGGUGCACUGAAGCAGUGGAAGUAGCGCAAUAUUACCGUGCAACGUUUUGUGGAAACAAUGUGAGGAUAAAGUGUCUGAAUGGAUCAGAGACAGACGGCAAUGGUAAUGUCAAUGGAAUGCUAAACGCUCUCCAGAAGGGUCAGCAGUGCAAAACACGUCAUGUCACAAGGGAAAUUUCAUUCGUAACUUA